AUGAACGGAAUCGGCGCCGCCGGUCUUCUCGUCCUCGCGUUGCCGUCUCAUUCUCUCUUCUCCUCAUCACCGGCGCGGCCUCUUCUCUUCGCUUACGGCGGCGGAAGCUCACAGUCUCCCAUCUCUUCUCUCGGAUUUGACGCAGACGCAGCGGCGCUAUCUCCAUAUACUCUUCUUCUCCGAUCAACAAAAUAUAGUGUCGCUGCGAACACCACCUUCUCAUGGAGAAAGUGUUUGAAGAGGAUGAGAUUUACCAAUUGGAGAUCGAUCUGGCGCGUCUACGACAGCGAUAACAGAAAAUCAAUGUCUCGGCAUGGAUUGAAGUGCAUCAGUGAUGGUUUGUUUUUCCUUUUCUUGCUUUGGAUACUUGAAUUGGUUGUUUCCCUUUUGGAUUGUUUAUUGGACUGGAGUGAUUUAACCGCGAAAUCUCGGUUGUUGCAGGUUUGGUUCAUAUCAGGGCUAUUGGGAAGCAAAGGCAAAAGGAAAACACCAAGAUGA